AUGUGGGAUUUAGACAUUAAAGAUAUAAACUCGCCAAAGCAAAUUCGUGAGAUUAAGGACUUCCUCCUCACAGCCCAUAGGAAGGAUGUGCACUCUGUGAAAAUUAAGCGGAUCAUAGAUGUGAUCAAGUUUAAAGUUUGUUGCUCCAAGUACCUGUACACCCGUUGUGCUUUUGACCCAGAGAAGGCUGAUAAAUUGAAGCAAUCACUCCCUUCCAGGCUAGUUUUAAGAAAUUUUAUUACUGAUAUAUUAUGA